CUGCUCUGUGAUUGGCUGCUGAGUGCAGGUUCCUGAUGUGUCGGUCAAGCAGCUGGAGUUUCGGAUGUAUUUGCAUCAGGCUGUAUAAAAACGGUCUGCAUCCGAUCACGACAAACGAUCGCGCACAGCGGAACCAGACCCCACAGACUCUCUCCGAACCGAAACCAGCUCGAGACCAUGGCUCAGUGUUCAGCAGCGGCGGCGGUCAGUGCUGAUGUGAACGGAGACCUUAAGACGAAGAGGAAAGUGGCCAUCAUUACAGGCAUAACCGGUCAGGAUGGGUCCUACCUGGCUGAGUUUCUGCUGGCUAAAGGUUAUGAGGUUCAUGGUAUCCUCCGCAGGUCCAGCUCUUUUAACACGGGCCGGAUUGAGCACCUUUAUCAUAACCCUCAAACGCACACAGAAGGAAGCAUUGGAUCCAAUAAGGCUUACAUGAAGUUGCACUAUGGAGACUUGACGGACAGCACAUGCUUGGUAAAGAUUAUCAAUGAAGUCAAACCCACUGAAAUAUACAACCUUGGAGCGCAGAGUCACGUCAAGAAGGGCGAGAAGAGGAACGCAGCCUCUAGCGCUGACAGGGACCUGCCCACUAGAUUCCGCGCAUGGGAUCGCCUCUUAAAGGGCCAGUGCUCCCCAUCACAGCUGCCAACAGGCGAGAGGACAUGUUCAAACAAGUCACUCCAGGCACUGAGAGCCCAUAUCAGUUGA